AUGGAGGCAGUGGAUUUGCCUGACGACAUCCUCGCGGACCCCGAGUUGUACGGGUUGAGACGGUCGCGCCGCGCGCACGUUCCAGUGCACACCUACGAAAGCGAAAGCGACGAGGAGCCGGUAAAACGGACGCGCCGCAAGCCUAAAUAUGAGUCGGAGGAAAACUCCGACAACCAUAUGGAGGAGAGCGAAGAGUCCGACGUGGGCUACGUCGAGGAAAAGAAAAAGGUUGCCCGUGGGGCUGCCCGCAAGACCGCCAGUAUUCCCGCGGAGGUGCGCUUCUCUGCGCGAAACAACCGUGCGGUCAAUUAUGUGCUAGAGGACGACGAGGAGGAGUUUGUCGAGAGCGACUACGACGCGCAGGCCUAUGAAUACGAAGAGGAAACCUCGCCCACCGAGAGCAUCGAUAUGGUGAUGGACCACAUGCUCAACGACGCGAACGCGACACAGACCGGUAACAUCAAGCUCGACUACCUCUUUCAGAUAAAAUGGACCGGGCAAUCGCAUCUGCACAACACGUGGGAGAAGUUCGACGCGCUCAAGAACUUAAAGGGGGUCAAGAAGGUUGACAACUACAUUAAGCAGUACAUCGAGUUGGAUCGUGCGCUCCGCAAUGACCCGUUAACGACGCGUGAGGAUCUCGAGGUGAUGGACAUCGAGCGUGAACGGCGCCGUGACGAGAUGGCGGAGUUUACCAAGGUGGAACGCAUCGUUGAUUCUGAGCGAGUAAUGGAGGAUGGUAUUGGCAAACUCCGCUACUACAUCAAGUGGCGCCGCCUCAACUAUGACGAGUGCACGUGGGAAGAUGCAGAGGAGAUCGCGGAGGACGCGCCGCUUGAGGUUGCGCAGUAUCAGGCGCGCGCAGCGUCAAAGAUCCUUCCCGGGCUCUCUGCGAACUACGGCUCGCAGCGCCCGCGCUUUGAGAAACUCGUCAAGCAGCCGCCGUUCAUCAAGAACGGGGAGUUGCGGGACUUUCAGCUCACGGGGUUGAACUGGAUGGCGUUCCUCUGGUCGCGCAAUGAAAACGGAAUCCUCGCGGAUGAGAUGGGGUUGGGGAAGACGGUCCAGACGGUGGCGUUUCUUUCGUGGUUGAUCUACGCUAGGCGCCAGAACGGUCCUCACUUGGUUGUGGUUCCGUUGUCGACGGUGCCGGCGUGGCAGGAGACGUUCGAGAAGUGGGCGCCAGAUGUGAACUGCCUCUACUACUUUGGCAACACGCAGGCGCGUGCAAACCUCCGCCUGUACGAGUUUUACGGAGCGUCGGCCAAGAAACCCAAGUUUAACGUGCUCCUCACAACAUACGAGUACAUCUUGAAGGACCGGACAGAGCUCGGCGCGUUGCGCUGGCAGUUUCUCGCGGUGGACGAGGCCCAUCGCUUGAAAAACGCGGAGUCGUCGCUCUACGAGGCCUUGCGCGACUUUCGCGUGGGCAACCGUCUCCUCAUUACUGGUACACCGUUACAAAACAACAUCAAAGAGCUUGCAGCGUUGGUGAACUUUCUAAUGCCCGGGAAGUUCACCAUCGACCAGGAGAUCGACUUUGAGACCCCCGACGACGAGCAGGAGGGGUAUAUCCGCGACUUGCAGCAGCGCAUCCAGCCGUUCAUCCUCAGACGGCUCAAGAAGGACGUGGAAAAGUCGUUGCCAUCGAAGACCGAGCGCAUUCUCCGCGUGGAGCUCUCGGACCUCCAGACCCAGUACUACAAGAACGUGCUCACCAAGAACUACUCUGCCUUGAAUGCCGGGGUGAAGGGGGUCAACAUUUCCUUGCUCAACGUGAUGUCUGAGUUGAAGAAGGCAUCAAACCACCCGUACCUCUUUGACGGCGCGGAAACGAACGUGCUCGCAAAGGCGGGGUCGUCGCGUGAGAAUGUGCUCCGCGGCAUGAUCAUGACAUCGGGGAAGAUGGUGUUGCUUGACAAGUUGUUGAACAAGUUAAAGAAGGAGGGACACCGGGUGUUGAUCUUUUCCCAGAUGGUGCGGAUGUUGGACAUUCUUGGGGAUUACCUUGCCAUCAAGGGACACCAGUUCCAGCGUCUCGACGGUACCGUUCCAUCGGCCCAGCGCCGUAUCGCCAUCGACCACUUCAACUCGGAGGGGUCGCAGGACUUUGUGUUUCUUCUUUCCACCCGUGCCGGUGGGUUGGGGAUCAACUUGAUGACCGCUGAUACGGUGAUUAUUUUCGAUUCCGACUGGAACCCCCAGGCGGACCUCCAAGCCAUGGCGCGUGCGCACAGAAUCGGCCAGAAGAACCAUGUGAUGGUGUACCGGUUUGUGUCAAAGGACACGGUGGAGGAGGAGAUUUUGGAAAGGGCCCGGAAGAAGAUGAUUCUUGAAUACGCAAUUAUUUCCCUCGGGAUCACCGACGGGAAGCCCAAGAAGAAGAAUGAGCCGAGCACUGGCGAAUUGAGCGAGAUCCUCAAGUUUGGCGCGGGAAACAUGUUCAAGGCCACGGACAACCAGAAAAAGUUGGAGGCGUUGGACUUGGACGACGUGCUUAACCAUGCGGAGGACCAUAUCACAACUCCAGAGAUUGGUGACUCCAACCUCGGUAGCGAGGAGUUCUUGAGGCAGUUUGAGGUGACGGACUACAAGGCAGACGUAGACUGGGACGAUAUCAUUCCGGAAGAGGAGUUGAAGAAACUCAAGGCGGAGGAGGCGCAGAAGCAGGAGGAGGAGUAUUUGCAAGAGCAGAUCGCGAUGUAUCUGCGGCGCGCAAAGUCGGUCGCGUACGACGAGGAGAGCGAGGGCGAGGCGCGCAGCGCGCGUGCCGGUGUGCGCGGCCGCCGCGUGGUUCAGGACGUGUUAAGCGAGAAGGAGAUCCGCAGCGUGUACCGCGCAAUCCUCAAGUUUGGUGACUUGUCCGCCAAGUGGGACCGCCUCGUGGGCGACGGUACGUUGUCGAAUAAGAACCCGGAAUUGAUCCGUCAUGCGUACAACGAGCUUCUCGCGCGCGCGCGUGAAUUGGUGCGGCUUGAGGAAGACCGCCGUGCGGCCACGCUUGCGGAGUUGGAGCUUGCUGAAAAGACCGCGCCGCCCGACGCGCCGUCGCUCUGGAUGCUCAAGCGCAAAGAGCGCAAAGCGAUUCUCUUUUCAUACGAAGGGGUCAAGAACAUCAACGCCGAGCUACUCUUAUCACGCCCUGACGACAUCUCAGCACUUGAGGCCAUCAUGCCGCCGGUUCCUACGGCGUUCCGUUUACCGAAGAUGCCAAAGCCCGUGCAUGGAUGGACGUGCGACUGGUCUGUGCGUGACGAUGAGAUGUUGCUCGCGGGUAUCUACAAGUUUGGGUACGGUUCGUGGGUCCAGAUCCGCGACGAUCCAAUGUUGGGCUUACAGAGCAAGGUGUUCCUCGACGGGGGUGACGAUAAGGAAAAGACCAAGAAGGUUCCUGGGUCGGUUCAUCUCAAUAGGCGAUCGGAUUACUUGUUGGGGUUGAUUCGUGGUAAGGAUGAGGAUGAGGGGACCCCAGAUGUACCGCUUCACCACCCAUCGGGCACGCCGGAGCCGGCGCCUAAGCGUGUUCGGAAGCCUAAGCCCGUGCUUGCGCCGUCUCCUGUGGCGAACGGAAAGUCGGACGAGCCGACAGAGUACGACAUGUGCAAGGAUCGCCUUCUGGCAGUCCAAGCAUCGCUCCAACGCUUAAAGGAGGGUGGGGCUGGAUUGGAUAAGAAGGUAUGGGUUGGCAUCUUAAAGACGAACUUGCUUGCAGUUGGGAGCAGGAUUGACGAUGUGGCAAAAGGUGAUGCGGAGUUGGGCCCCAAGUUGUGGAAAUAUGCGUGUUUGUACUGGCCUGCGAAAGUUGACCCCGCCCAGAUCAUGAAGAUGUACAAUAAGAUCAGGGACGCGCUGAAGUAG